UUCGUCUUUUCGCUCGGGUCCUAUCGGCAGAGUAUUUAUCUAGCUUUUGAUUGUGUCAAAGAAUAUCUUUUCUGUCGGUUUUCCAUUGUUUUACGUGUCUUUUAUUAAUUUUACUGAAAUGUAUCAGCGGAGUCGCAGCCACAACCAUGCCCAAGAUUGGGAUCCAAUGAGAGAAGAAUAUGAAAACUCGACACACGCGCCACAAUACCACGACGAUGAAGUCAAUACCGAUAACGGAGUGCAGCUCGACCACAAUAAGUUAUAUGUCACGAAUAUACCGAUGACGCUCAACCAAGCCGGCCUCUUUAAUCUAUUCUCGAAGUACGGGAAUUGUUUGAAGAUUUUCCUCAGUGGGGAUCCGUCGAAGAGGUUCGCGUUGGUCUGGUAUGAAACACCCAGCGAAGCUAAAUUGGCAAUGAUGAAAUUGAACAAGAUUGACCCAUUCCAGUUGCAUAUCCACACAGCACAUAAGAAAAGCAACAACCAGAGGAGUUCGAUGGUCUACCGUGAGGAUACGAGCGUAAGCAGCUGGUGCCGAUACAGCAGGAAACUUGAUGAUGUGUCAAACGGAGAAAAUAAUAUCGAAGACGAUGUGGUCGUUGACGAUGAUAUAGGUCUCUUGGGCGAAGGUCUCGAUACGAACCUAGUGCUGGAGAUAGAGGAAUUGAAACUUAAACAUCUCAAGCUCCAAGAGGCGCAGAUACAAUGCAAACAGCGGAUGCUGCUACUCAACCGUAUGGGGAAAAAUACAUCCCAGAAAGCGAUCAACAGGUGCAUGCUGCCCGAUGGAAGAAUUGUCGUUCGCAACACCAACGACAAGACGGAACAUCAGGACGUUGCUUUCAGUUCAGCCGCCGGCGAUUCGAGGGCGAUGAGCUGCUCCCGUGAACAAAAUCCUUGGAAUGGACCAGGAACGUCUGACAGUUCUACGCCCUCUACAUGCGUUCUGUGCUCGAAGGACGAGGGUACGAAAGAUAAGACUAACUUGGACUUUGAUAGAUACGUCCGGUCACUCAACUCGGCCACGAGAUCGGACAUGACCAAGAAAUCGGAUAAAUUGAAAACUGAUACAAAAACAUCAGCGACGAAAUCGGAUUUUACAAAGAACAGUGAACGAUCGGAUAAUAAAAACGUUAAACUGGUGAAACGGAGCGAUUUGACGUGUGAUGUCGUUUGUGAUGGUGAUGAAAAUUUUGAUGAAACAGAUAGGCUGAUACAGUUGAGAGAUUUUGAUUAUAUGGAUAUAGUUGAUGAUAAUAUGAAAAUCGUUAUUGCGUUGUCUGGUUAUCCUAAGUAUAAAAUGCAACUUAAACAAAUGGAAAGGUUCCAGAGGUCGCUUAACGAUGUUAUGGACAUGCAAUUAAAAGCGGGUCUUCUAAAGAAGACGCCGACUUUUCUCGACUAUUAUCUGAAUAGAGGAGCGAUUGUCUGUAUCUGCAAGAAUAUCGAUUGUAGAGAUUGGGUUGUGAGGAUAAUUCCAGGUCUGCAAGAACGGAUGGGCAGCAAUCUUGUAUUGUUGAAGGCGAAAGUGAAGAGGCUGUGUCUGGGAGUGAUCAAAACGCCGAAGUCCUGCUGGCCGGCCACCGCUGAAGACGCGUUCAAACUUUUGCAAUAUUUCAAUCCAUCGUUGAGGACGCAUCUGUGGAAAAUAUAUUCGCAGAAAAUUAUCGAUGACGUUGAAUGUACGUCCUUUGUUAUAGAUCGGGUAUCCGGUGAAUUUAUACGCGGUCCGAGUUUUAAAAACGUCAUAGAUUACAACCAAAUGGUAUUUGAAUUGAUGGGUAAUACAGAAAUAUAUUACGACAGCUAUUUGUCUGAAAUAGAUGAAGACAUAUCCAGUGUUGCGUCUAGGGUUAAACUAUUACAAGAACUAAAGUCCAAUGAUUCAACACCGAGGAAUGGUAUUGAAAUAAAAGACGGCAAUGAGCAAGAAGGAAAUAAUUAUGCAGAUGAAAUUAACAAUAAUAAUGAACAGACAUUUGAAAUCAAAGGAGUAUCUGAUGAUCGCAAUAAAGAUUUUGAUAAAGACUUAAAUGUGACCGUCACUAAAUAUUCGUCUAAUGACCAAAGCGCUAGCAAUCGAGAUGAUAUUUGGAUAUCAGAUAAUGAUAAUUCAAAAUGUAAUAAGACAAUUAGUAAUGAAUCUAAAGAAGUCGAAUUCAUUGAUGCGAGCACAUCAACGAUCGCAGUUUCGGAGCAAACGGAUUCGUUCGCUGAGAGUAUAGAUAAUGUUACGAUGAAAAAUAGCAAUUUAAACAUCGACAGUAGCAGAGGUAUCGCGUAUAACAGACGUACGAAUUAUUUGCAUGUUGAAAAUGAAUUGAAAAUUUCUUUAGUUUUAGAAGGUUACCCACAGAAUAAGCUGGAAGGGACGCAUAUCAGACGACUUAAGCAUUUAUUCAAGGAUUACCUGCAUAAAGAUAUGAAGUUACAGCGCUUUUGUAACAUGAUAAUUCCCAAAUUCCAUGACGUAUAUCUAUCUAAUGGCGCUGUUAUAUAUAUAUGUGAUAGUUUAGAAAGUCGAGAUUACUUGAUGGAGUUGUUGCCGAAGUUCAUUGCCUCGACUGGUUUGAAAUUAAAUUUCAGGGAUGUUAAUAACUUAGUCAGGUACACAAGGAUCGUAAUGAAGCUACCAGAAGAAUUGUCCAACGUUGAAUCGCACGAUAUAUUGUAUUCGCUUAAAGCGAAAUAUCCGAAAUUGAAUCCGGAUCGCUGGAAAUACUAUUCGGAUGUCGCUGGCAAGCAGAAGAGGCAAUUCGGCGUCGAUCCCGCAUCGUUGGAGGUUAUUAAGAGGCCUAACUUUGAAGCUAUUUACGAAGGUGAAACUAUCGGCUUAAGAAUAAUUGAUAGACAGAAACGUGAUAGUGCGAAAUGUGAUAUGGAUAUCAAAGAAGCUGAACAAGAAAAUGAUGACGUAAAUAAAUUGAAACAAGACUUGCAACACGUUAUAUAUUGCCCUAUAGAGACUAAUAUAAUGAAUGUACCGUUGACACGCAUCAGGACGAAUCACUAUACAGACUUGGUUGCAGACGAUUUGAAGUUAUACGUCGGACCGGAUAACUAUCCCGAGUCUCGUAUCGAUGAAAUGGAAUUCUAUUCCAUAAAGAAAACAAUGGAAAAUAUCGUUUUGAGCGACUUCGAUAGCUGCUUCGAAUCUCUACCGACGUUCCAUGACGUGUAUCUGUUUGAUGGUGUUAUAUUUAUUAUAUGUCAAAAUAUGCGUUCGAGGCUUUGGGUCGAAGAGAACGUUGGUAAUAUUAAUUCUCGAAUGGAAAUGAGCCUCAAAGUCACGGAAUUUCGCGGUGCAGUCGGUAUAAUAAGUAUGGUGGUGAAGACGGAUAAAGACGCGGACGAAGUAAUAUCGAUAUUGCAAAAACAAAAUCCAAGAUUACGAACCAAGUUUUGGAGAAGAAUCAAUACGGUACGAACACGGACGAAAUUGGACGUCGUUCUGCAGAUCGAUAAACUUUCUGCUCAAGUUAUAACAGAUAAUGAAUUCAACGGUACCAUCGGAGAUGAUACAGUCGAGUUUAAAUUGGGACAUUUAAAAUCGAUGCUUAACACUAAAACGAGUCAAAAGGAUUCGUUAAAAGUGAACAACGAUAAAUCGAAUCGUAUAUCGACGGGAAAUUCGUCUCCUAAUAAUGUUCUUACUGAAAAAACGAAUCCGAAUAUCAAAAAUGAAAACGUUAACAUCGUCCAAGAGAAGUUCAAUUCGACGUUCUUCGAUAAGGAAAACGAAAAGAAUACACCGAGAUCGAUAAGAAAUCUCGCUUUUAAAGAGAGUGAGGUGUUCUUCUACGCGGAUAGCAAUAAGAUUUCGGAUAGGGAUUCGGUGAAAAGUCUACGCAAGUCGCAGGGGAAAUGCAAGAUGGUGUUGAAGGUUCCCACGAAUAUCCUACCCGAGUCCAAGGACGGUCUUGAAGUUAUACUCGAUCUAUUGGAAGAUAAGAAUCCGGGUUUGAAUACUGAAAUGUGGAAAGUCGAAAAGAUAUCGCAGCACAAUCGCGGUAAAUUUCAUAUUUUGAUAGACAAACAGUCUGCGUCCAUUAUAAAGGGGGACAGUUUUGAUCCAAAUAUAGGCGGCGAGAGACUUAAGUUUCUGUUCUAAGUAUAUAUCGCGAUAUCGUAAAUACGGACGGAAUAAAAUGUAUCGUUCGCAAUAGUUCGAUUUGUUAUAUAUUUUUGUUAGUAACUACAAGAAUCCGAUGAAAAUAUUCGUUUUGUUGCGCACUCGUAAGCGAUUGCCUGUUAUUUAUAUUAUAUAUAACCUUUGACGUUACGUUUACUUGGAUUAGUUUAGUGUUAAUAAUACACGUUGUAUAUCGGUUGUAUUUUUACAUCAUCUCGUCAUCAUCGUGCUCUGUAUUUAUCUUUCAAAUGCAAAAUUGCUGAUGACAGAAAGGGAUGAAUCGAUUUAUAACCGUUUCGUCUUCUAUAUGACGUUUGUUAUUAAGUUGCGCAGUGAUUGUAGCAUCGAGUGAGCAAGUAAUUUCAAUUGUUGUAAUUGUAGUGUGCUCGUGGAAGAUUUCCAGACUUCGUUUUACUAGUUUUUUCGAACAGAUCUAGAACUUCUUUUUCAACUUUAAUUUUGUAUUUAAUGUAUUGUUAUUUUCUCUCGCAUUUUACGUUGUUUGUUAAUAUUUAUUAAUUGGCAAAUUCAACUCGUAGAGCCAUAUUGUUUAAAUGAAACCAACCGUAGCAUUAACAUGAACAGUUUUAAGGUCAGAAUGGCUUCCUAACUGCAGAUUAUAUAUUUGAUUAUUUCAAUCUAAAAUGUUUUAUAGCCUGUUUUGAUGCAAAGGACGUUUUUAUUUUAGUAUCUUGCGUGAUUUCGUGUGAGGCAGACGUCUCUACGUGUCUAAAAUAUGAUAACACCAUUUUCUAAACGUACCAAAUUCCUUUAGUCGUAUAAUUUUCAUUAUUUAUUUGACAAAUGCGUUUCAUCAUAUCAGGUUGCUCGAUUUGGAAAUAUUAAUGUUAGACAAGUUUAUUUCUUUCUUAUCUUUUUAUCUAUCUUCUCUUUCGCUCAUUUUAAUCUAUCAAAUAUUUAGCAUCACUUCUUUUCUCAAUGUAGAAGUGAG